AUGAGGAAGGAAAAGCUGAGACCGCAAACGACAGCAGCACGUCGGACUUGGAGGAGGAGGACGGCGGCGGACAAUGCGUCUGUGGAAGAAAGGUGGCCCGUCUUCAACCAAGAACGGCGACGGCUCUACCAUGGCAUCUGCUGGAUAGAAGGUGGCGAUGGGCGCUGGAGUAGCACCGAUGACGGACGUGGUACGCCUGUAGAUGAAGACAGAAGGCAGAGGAAGAAGAUGACGGAGGAGUGGUGGUAG